GAGUGUAGCGCGCGAGGUACGACAGAUGGCGGGCAGGCGUCAGCGGCACGUUGUUGACAGUCCUCUCCCGGCAGCCGCACGUGUUCACUCCACGCUCUCCUCUACUGACAAAGCUCCCACCAUGCGAGGAGGAAUGGAAAAAUCAUUUUUCUGGGGUGUCACACUUGAUGCAACUCACAAGGACCAUAAAUGGGAGGGAGCAGCCACUGAAAGUACUGUUGAUUGUACUGUCACAACCCACACGCUGUCUGUAAGACAGGUGGUGUUGGGGGCUACUGCCAAGGAAGGAGAAGCUAAUGUGGUAGAGUUGGAGGUAUUGGGUUACAAUGAUAAGAAAGUUAAGAUCCCCAUUUGUGUUUCAAAGACUGGUGGCUCCUAUGUCACAAAUGUAGAUAUCCUUAUAGAAGACCAGACAGCCACUUUUCAUCUGACCAAAGGAUCGGGCCCGGUUUACAUAAGUGGCACCCACCAGACGGAAACAAACAUCAUUGGUGAAGAUGAUAUGGAUGAUGCUGAAGAGGAAGGGGAGGAUGAAGAGGAGGAUGAGGAGGUUGAGGACUCUCCACCAAAGAAGAAGACCAAGAAGUAGAGACUUUGAAUUGUGCCCAGCUUCUCAACAUUGCCAUGUUUUCUAUUCUAACUUAAUUAUACAUGACUCAAGAUGUGUGUGCAUGACUGAUUAAUAAACAAGAUAAUGGCCAGUUAUUGUUUUUCCCUUCUUGGUUUCAAAUGCCUUCAAAACAUAAAACUUUAAGCAAGUUUUUAAAUUUUGGGUACAAUAUUAUUGUUUUUAGCAACGUGUAUCAAAUCGUCUUAAAAAUUUGUUGGUACAGUAGUUAUAUUGUAAUAUAUGGCUGAUGGGUGGAACUUGUAGAAUAAGAAGUUUAGUAACUGAAAUGUUAUACUACGUCAAUAUUGAUUUUUUUUAAUUAGUCUUAAUGUUUGUUUAAUUUUAUAUUGGUACUGCUAGAGAAUAAAUAUUUAUUGCCAAUGUCUAAUUGCAAUGAAAAGUAUUUUGUAAGAAAAGUGUGCAUGUAAUAAAUUUGUAUUAGUAUAUUGGAAGGGUGGCCAGGAAUGGGGGUACUCUGGAAUGAUUAAAUUGUAUUGUAGGUAGUAAACUUAGUCAUUAGAGGUGGCAUGUUGAAUGAAGAUGGUACCCUUUCCCACUUUAAUUUUUUAACAUUUUUGUCAGCCAUUUUAUAGUCCUGUAAUUUUUCACCUCCACAAUUAUUGUCAAUGAAUACUUUGCUAUU